UGGCAAGAAGAAGGCGUUUUCGGGCAGCGAGAGCACAGUAGUCAACUAGAGCCGCCAUUAUGGCUUUCCGUAACCACGCUCUAGAAGCCAGAACAGAAAAUUGUUUUUUCCCAUUUGUGACUGAGUGCGAGCGCGCCGUGACCACCGGAAUGAACUAAAAAACGUUCCGGGUCGUGUUGCCGGGUCCCGGUGGACCUCCUAGCGGACCUUGGAAGUAGAAAUUUUCGCGUGUUUUUUUUUCUUCCGUUCGGUUUUCUCGGUUUUGGGUCCCAGUUUUUGCACGGCAUCCUUCUGGGUGAGGGGAAGUGGAGUGGUGCUGUGGGGAGGGUGAGAAAGAAAGGAAAGAAAGAGACAGGUGACAGUCAACAAAAAGGUUUCGGUAACUGAUCGAAACAAGAGGAAACGAGAGAGGAAGAGAUAGAGAGCAAGAAGAGCAAAGGCGUAGAAGCAAAAAAAAAAUGUCGAAGCUUUCGUUUCGGGCUAGGGCCCUGGAUCCCUCGAAACCGAUGCCCAUUUAUCUGGCCGAGGAACUUCCGGAUUUGCCGGAAUAUUCGGCCAUCAACCGGGCCGUGCCGCAGAUGCCCAGCGGAAUGGAAAAGGAGGAGGAAUCGGAACAUCAUCUGCAGCGAGCGAUAUGCACCGGACUAAUCAUUCCCACACCGGAGGUGUUCGAGGCCACCGAUUCGGAGUUUUACGAAAAGUAUUACCCGACGGACUACAAAAUGCCCAAGCAGAUGAUCCACAUGCAGCCAGCGCUCAACCUGGAACAGGACGUGCCGGAUUACGACAUGGACAGCGCGGACGAGCAGUGGGUCAACACACAGGGCAAGCGGCUGGAUCUGGACCCGCUCAAGUUCGAAACGAUGAUGGAUCGACUGGAGAAAAGCUCCGGCCAGACGGUGGUCACGCUGAACGAAGCCAAAGCCCUGCUCAAACAGGACGACGAAUUGAGUAUAGCGGUGUACGAUUACUGGCUCAACAAACGGCUCAAAACGCAACAUCCUCUAAUCCUAUCGGUGAAGACGGAAACCAGGGGUAACACUACGCCAAACAAUCCGUAUCUGGCAUUCCGAAGGCGAACUGAGAAGAUGCAAACCAGGAAGAAUCGAAAGAAUGACGAAUCUUCCUACGAGAAGAUGUUGAAGCUGAGGCGAGACCUGAGCAGGGCGGUUACUCUUUUGGAGAUGAUCAAGCGGCGAGAGAAGAUCAAGCGCGAACAGUUGCAUCUCGGUAUCGAGAUCUAUGAAAAGCGCUACCAGACGCAGGACUUCAAUGGGCAGCUUCUGUCGGAGUUUACGGCUAAUGCAACCAAGGCGUCAAGACCGGCGUUUGCUCCGAUCUAUUCGAACCAAUACUCGUCGCAUCACUCGGCGAUGAGCGGUUCGGCAGGAGCAGGAACCAGUGGAUCAGGAGCGUACCAUGGGCCAUCGUCUUCAUCUUCCCAUUAUCAUCACGUCGGAGGAACCAGUUCCAGCAAGCGUGACAGCGAAAGUCUGAGCAGUAGUCGAAAGGAGAAACGACAGUACAAGAAACGGAAGCACAAAAUUCAGAAGGAACGAUCAUCGGCGAGCAGUUCGACGGUGACCGGGAGCUCCGCUGUCGGGCUGGGUUCGUCCGCUGUUGGAACAGGUGGCGUUGGUGGUUACCAUCACUAUCAGUACCAUCCGGCAGGAACCGGCGUGAGUGGACUGAGUGGUAUUGCAGCGUCCAGUGGUGUAAGCGGCCGAGGAGAUGCCGCCGUUGGGACCGGAUUGGGCAGUGGAACCGUCGAUCCGGCGUUAUCCUCCGACGAGGAGGAGCUUGCAAAUCUACAAGGAGCGACCGCUCCGGAGGAGGAGUACGCAUACGCAUUUCGGCGGAGUAAACUUAGUCAAUAUCAUAGGCCCAUUACGAAAGGCUUCGGCGAUUGGCCGUGGGUUUCGAAGGAGGAAAACGGAAAAGCGGAUCUACGCUAUCGGUUUGCCCUCACAUCUCUGCGACAUCCCAGACCCCGCUGCAUUGGUUUCGCCCGGAGAAGGAUUGGUCGCGGAGGCCGGGUAAUAAUUGAUCGCGUCUCAACCGAUUUGGACGAUCUGUGGUCCCGGUUGGACUACAAGAUCAUCGAAUCGGAAACGACCCCAGCGGCAGCCGUUGCAAUGGAACCCGAAGAGGAAAGCAUCGUCAUCCCGGUGCCAUCGAGUGCCGGUGCUUCUGCUCUAACGGCCCCAACGGCCACGGCAACGUCUAACCCAACAACGGCAUCAGCUACGACUGCCAUCAGUCAGAUGGAACGGAAAUGGAACGAACUGGAAUCGGCCCUUGCCGUGAAAAGUGGUGUGAAACGAACAAGACAACUAGUGAUCAAAGAAGAAACGGACAUGGAUGAUUUGUUCAUGGCCAAUUUCGGGUUGGCCCGACGAAUAAAAACCGACGGCCUGGUGAAGAUGGAGGAAGAAGAUAGUGUCAACAGCCGGCUGAUCGGUGAAGAGGUGGAAGUGAAACAGGAAAAGUGUAGUGAUGAAAGGACAUCGGUUGCAGUAGCGGCAGGUGGAACGUCCUCGUCGACGUUUGUAAUUAGUAGUAAUAAUGGUAGCAGUAGCAGUACUAGCGUUAGUGUGAAUAACUCAGAAAAUAAUGUGAUAAAAAGUGAAGCUGGUGGCAUUGUGACAGUGAAACAGGAAGUCCUGGAAGAUUACGAGCACAUGAUAGACAAUGUAAAUAAUAGCUAUAGGAACCGGAUUAGCAACAAUAGCAACAGCAACAGCAGCAGCAGCAGUAGUAGCAGUAACGUCAAUAGUAGAAACAAUUUUAACCAAUCGUUUAGCAAUAGUAUUAACAAUAGUUUGCAGAAUCGAGCAGUAUCCCAGUAUCAGCAGCAACUGCUGCAGCGGUCGUUGAGAGCACUCCAGCGAAAAACGACGGCACCUGGGUUGAUGUCUUCUGCGUCGCCGGAUGCAUCCAGCAGUAGUCGAUGGAAUGAUGAGCUUGGCCUGAGCGAAUCGACACCCUCUGCAGAUAGCAAAGCUAUUGCCAGUGUGUAUACGGAACUGCUGAAUGAUAUUCAAUCUAGUUGGUUACAUUUCCGACCUAAAACGCCGGAACCGAUGCUACAGAUGGAGGACGGGCUACUGGAUGAUGAUCCGUUAUUCCAAACAGACGCUAACCGAAUAGCUCUGGAGUUACAAGCGCUUGAUGCCGAACUGCCUGGAGAUAUCUUCAAUUCAACCGAAAGUGUGUACAGGACUAAAAACUUUGCCCUAGACAGUCUCGUGGAACCGCAUCCGUUAGGAUUGGAGAGCGCAGCUGUGACAAAAGAUGCAACGGAUGAAUUGGGUAUCAAGCUGGAAACCUGUUCCAAUUCGGAUAACAAUCUCAGUGGGGAUAGUUUGAAUGAUCUGAACCUCAGUUUGAGCGAGUCCAAUGAGGACGAAAAAAUGCUGGACAAGAUCUUGCAAGAGUGCCAAAUCGAUGACAUGAAGUCGUUGAACCAGACAAGCAAUUUCUGGAAUGGAAUUCUAGAAGACGGAAUACUGAAUCAGUUAGAGACGGCAGACGAGACCGGUGCGGGCACCGGUGGCGACGUAAAGGAAGAUCCCUUAACGAUUAAUGAACUCGUCAGUCCAUCACCCGUCGAAAGACUUCCAGUCCACAAAAUCGGAUACUGCUCAGAGUUGGUAGGCUACGACCGACUUGCAAACGUUGAACGAUACAAGAGCAAACGGAGAAAGAUUCUUAAGCGAUGCAAUUAUCUGGUAGGGAGCAGUUUCUUUGCCGUACGAAAUCCACCUUCGGAGGAAAUCUUCAAAAAACUGUCCGACGGUGAUGGGAAUGUUCCUUUGGAAGGUGAAAAAGCGGAAGGCGCCGCCGAAGCUGCACCUACGGCGGAUUCAGAAGUCAAAGUGGAAGAGGAAUCUGAUUCCGUUUCUGCAACCAUACCCGCCGAUCAGAUCAAAAUCGAACCUCCCGAUGAGUUACUUGCCGCGUGUUCUCCGUCCGCUUCAUCCCAGUCAGCACCUCACCUGCAAACUAACACUUCCGUUCCGCCAGUGGGAAGCACUUAUCAGCAACAUUCUCUCUCUGCUCCGCAAAUCAAACUGGAACCCAUCAAUUAUCUGCAAGCUGUUUCUCAUAGCACUGCCGUCGCUGCAACAGCGUCUCCAGCUACGGCAUCCACAUCAUUCCUAAUCACAUCCCCAUCGGUGCAAGUGGUCAGCCAAGCCACCACAACCGUGUUGAAUCCCUUAGUCGCGUCCUCUCAAACUACGGUCCCAGUAGUCACCGCCCAGCAUCAACAGCAGCAACAUCCCCAGCACAGUACACUGACCGGUCAGAUCACUCUGGCCGGAAAUGCCGGCAGCGCCAGCAGUAGCGGCACUUCGACUCCCACCGGAAGCUACAUCGUUCAGCAUACGACACCGAUCGUACUGUCCCAGCAGCAGAUGCAACAGAUAGCCACCAGCGGUGGAAACAUUGUUACCGUCAGUGGAAACCAGAUGCUGACGGCAACGAAGCAAGCUCUCCAGCAAGGCCAGCAACAGCAGCACAUACAGCUUCAGCAUGCGACGCAUUCGCACCAAGGCGAAACGUACGUGCUAACGACGGCGACUCCGACCGGACAAUCGCCGCUCAAGAAGCAAAUCAACGGACCCAACGACAAGACAGUGAAACAAAAUGUCAUCAAUCCCAAGCUGCAUACGCUUAUCAAUCAGAAACUGGCGGCUUCCGGCCAGAAAGCCAGUGAUCUCAGCAAGAAGCAGUUCGAGAUGAUAACGAAAGCGCUAGUUUCGCAGAAAAUGAUCGUGAAGUCUGCAACCGCGGCAAAUCAUGGUUCAUCGGCGGCAACUGCUGCGGCAGCUCAAGUGGUGCAGCAACAGCAACUCCAGCAGCAGCAACAGGGAACGAGUGGCACCGGAACGUACAGCACGAUACAAAACGCUGCAGGGCUGCCGAUCACAAUCCUUUCGGCGACGAGUCAGAACCCUCAGCAAGCGACUCAGAACAAGAUCAUUCUAACGUCGUCUCCUCAGCUGAUACAACAAGCAGCCGGUCAGCUAAUGGCCGCUGCGGCAGCUGCUUCCCCACACGGAAAAAUUUCAAUUAAUUCCAAUUUGCUACAACAGCAGCAAGGCCAGCAACUAACCCAGUUUCAAACGACGGAUGGUGGCCAGGGGCAGACGACUUCCGGCACGACUGGAGGACAACAGCAGCAGAAUGUGAAGUUCGAAAAAGCGGUCAACAUGUUAUUCGAUGCGGACAAGAAUCGAAUAGUGUACGCCAACAUCAAGAAUAGUCGUGGGCAGUUCCUAGCCCAGCUGAAUCCGAAGGUUGUGAACAUCAUCCAACCGAUCCAGCAGCAAAAGUUGAUCAACAGCGUUGGCGCUAUGCAGCAGCAACAGCAGCAGCAAACGGCAGCGAAUGUGCAGAGUAUACUGGGAGCAUCGCCAACCGGUACCACAACAUUUGUAAAUAGCAAGGGAGGCAUUCAACGGAUACCAUCGGUCAGUAUUCGAGCUCAACAGUUGCAACAGCAGCAGCAACAACAACAGCAGGGUCAACAGCAGCUGGAUUCCCACGGAACAGCAACGGUUGCGGUCGCCACCAACAAUGCGACCAAUAGCAUAAAAUUCAUCCAAGUGACACCGGCUGUGGCAUCAGCGGCAUCUUCGGUGGUCAGCGAAAAUCAAGCCGUGUCAAGUAGCGGGUCAGGUGGAUUGGUUGUUCCUUCGUCGUCCGGUGCCGUCGUGGGAACAGCCGGAAGUGGCACCAACACCGCUGCACCCACCAGUAUCAACAUUACCAACAGGUGAGAAUCGAAGAUUGGCCAGCUCGAUAGGUAACUGUUGUUAAUUUUAACUCUAACUUAUCAAUAACUACCUACUACAUUCAUAAGCAUACUUCAGUCAGUGUUGUGUAUAGCGCAGAAGGAUGAAGGAAACGAGGAAUGAGAUACUGUUAAAUGCGAGAAGAAGGAACCGUUUGAAGAGGAAUGAAACAGGAAAUGACAAACGCAGGGGUACUGAAUCGAGGAGUGGAACUGGGAGUCAAAUUUGUUUGUAGGAUCUGUUGUUUCUAAUAAUUUAUUUUAUGGAAGAACACUAACGAAACUUGAUUUGAAUCGUAUUGGGAAGAUGCAACAAUGUUUCCAUUUUUAGGAGUAGAUUUUGUAUAUUGGAUGAUCUCAAUGGCACCGGCUGAUCGAUUCGGCAGGUGGCCGAAGUCGAGUGUACGUACUGUUGUAGUAGCUUAGUUGGUCAAUACAUGCUAUCGAAUAGUGAGACUAAAUCAGCUUAUGGUAAGCUAAACUAAUUAGUUUUGUUUUAUACGGUAGGGAUACGUGCGCCUAAGUGGCGCGGUUCGUAUAAGGUACACGUGUGUUUGUGGAAUAGAACUUUCGAUUGAGUUGCUCUGAAAUCCAUUUUUUUAGCUAUUAGUGUUUGUUUAAGAUCAAUAAUGGACAGUGAGAAUACAAAGCGUUAAGUUUCUGAAACUAAACUGCACCGCUGCAGCAUUGCGUAUUGUCUCUGAAUUGGCUGUUGAGGAAAUCCUUCAUGAGAAUUAAGGUUUCGUUUUUCGUGGCUCUGUUGAUAUCGAUUGUAAUUUUGGGAUCUUUUCCAAUCUGUCUGCUGACGGAGGCUUGGUGUUGAUUUUUGUCCACUCUGUUCGAAUCCUAUAAAUUGAGAAAUUCAAGAUAAUUAUAGAGCUGACUGGUUUUACCAAUAACCGCUUCAAAGAGUGUGACUAUUUGUACAUGCUUAAUCUCGGUUACGCAUUCAAUGAGUAAGUCUCUUACGACGUCCGAAAAUUCCUUUGCGUGUUUACGCAAUUUUGCGUAAUGGUAGAUCUACACUUCAAUGUGUAGAUCUACCUUGAUACAAAAUUUCUUGAAAAACAGGAUUUUUUGGACAUCGUGAGAGAUUUACACAUUCAAUACACGUAACCGAAGUUGAGCAUGUACAAACCAGAGAACCUGAGACUUUUUUACGCUGUUGAACUAAAAUUUUACAUAAAUACGGUACGUAUCACCCAGUCUGAAUUAAAAUUACAGAUUUCUCAGGAGUAUACUGCCCUUCUAUCAGGAGUACACUGCUACUUGUCCCAUGUCCUAUGUAAACCAUAUGGACCGCGGGAUAAAUAUGCGUAGAACGGCAGUACAUAAAUGUGCUAACGAGUCUCCAUCAAAACCAUCUCUGAGCUCAUCGGAAUACUAGUGUGCUGUGUAUCCAAUUUGUAUCUAACUUGUAAAACAACUCCUUAAAAAUGAAAAGCCUCUACAACUAUUUUCACCUCAUAACGCAGGUGUCUGGAUUGUAUACCUGAUACGGUCGAAAACCCGCCUCUGAUCGCGUUACAAUUUCGAUCAUCG